AUGUCAUCAAUCCUGAUAUGGAACUGCAGGGGAGCCCGAAAGAAACAGACGGGCUAUUACCUGCGCAGCCUCGUUGGUAACAAUGAGGUUUGUUUUGUGAGACUGGUUGAAACCAUGGUGAUGGACAUGAGUAGACUGGAGGUAGAUCGUUUGAUUGGGAAUGAAUGGGAAUUUUUUUAUUCCCCUGCGAAUGGUCGAUAUGGAGGUUUGAUUGCCUUGUGGAAGAAGAAUGUUUCUAAGUUUGAAGUUAUUGGCAACAUGGAGCAGGUGCUUAUUGGGAAUCUUACUUUCCCUAAUAUGCAAACGUGGACGGUUGCUGUGGUAUAUGCUAGUAAAAGUUAUCAUAGCAGAUGGUUGCUGUUGAAUACUAUUAGUCCGCUGGUUUGUUCUGAUCUCCCUGUGAUUGUGGAGGGAGAUUUCAAUUGCUGUUUAAACCAAAGCGAGAACAAGGGUGGGAGGAGAUUUAAUUUCUCAGUGGGGGCUCAGGAGAUGGCUCAGUUCAUGGCAUCGGUUGCAGCUGUUAAACAUUUGGUUCGGCUGACUUCAGACCAUUGUCCGUUGAUGGUGAACCUUUUUGCUGAGAAACCGAGACCUGGGAACAGAUGGAUACGAUUUGAAGAUAUAUGGAUGACUUACCCUGUCACUUGGAGGCUUGUUUGGAAGAAUUGGAACACGGAGGACUUUGGAAUGCCUGAUGAGGUGGUGAAUCGCAAGUGCAGCAGAACUAUGAAGGCUUUAUUCUUUUGGAGUCGUAACCAACUGAAAGAACUUAAUGAGCUGAAAAUUUCUCUAGAAAGCCGUAUUGAGGAGCUUCAACUGGUGGAUUGCUCUCCUAAUGGGCUGAAUGAGGAACAUGAACAAGAGCUCAGAUUGAAGGCAAUUGAGUUGAACACUACUCUAGCUCGGCUUGCAACCUGGUGGAAGCAGAGAGCGAAAGCCAGAUGGAUUGAUGAAGGUGAUACAAACUUGCAUUUUUUCCAUUCCUUUGCGUCUGCUCGGAGGCGAGGUAAUCGUAUCAUAGAAGUUGUAAAUUCUAAUGGGGAGAGGAUUGUUGAUCCGAAUCUCAUUCAGGAGGAAUUUUGGAAUUUCUUCAUGCUGAAGUGGAGAGACAGGCAGGUUUCCCUGGCUAAUUGGCAUGAAUUUGGUAACCAUGAUAUGAUUCCUGUGCAGUUCAGUGAUAGUAUGGAGGCUGAAAUUACUGAGUCUGAAAUCCGUCAAGCAGUGUUUAGUAUGGGCAGUAGCAGAGCGCCAGGGAUUGACGGUAUAACCUCUUCCUUUUUGAAAUUUUAUUGGGAGAUUAUAAAGAAAGACGUGAUUAGUGUUAUUCUGCAUUUUUUUUCCACUAAUGUGAUGUGCCAGAGUUGGAAGGAAACCCUUGUGGUGUUAAUUCCAAAAAAGGAGAAUGCUAAUAUGCCAUCAAAGUUUAGGCCGAUAAGUUUAUGUCAAUCUUUUUAUAAGAUUGUUGCUAAAGUAUUGAUUAAUCGCCUAAAACCUGUGUUGAGCACUAUCAUCAGUGAGGAGCAGGGAGCUUUUGUUCCAGGUCGAUCUAUAUCCAGUCAUGGGCUGAUGGCACAGGAAAUGAUGAGUAAGUUUAAGUACUCUAACCAGAAAUCUGGACUUAUGGAUUUGAAGAUUGAUAUGGAGCAGGCGUACGAUUGUAUGUCAUGGGAAACACUGCAGGAAGUUAUGAAUUUGAUGGGCUUCAAGAAGAGAUUUAUCACUUGGCGUGGAGUGCAGCUUGGUGUCCAGGUGGCUAGGAACACAAUAAGUAUUUCUCACUUGCUGUACGCUGAUGAUAUCCUUGUUUUUGCAGAAGCCAGCAGAAAGUGCCCAAGUUGGAGGAAGAGGAUGAUUGCUAGAAUGAUGGGAUAUAAAAAGGUUGAUUCCCUGGAAUAUCUUGGCCUUCCUCUUGUCAUGAGGAGGCUGAAUGGGGCUGAUUUCUCCAAAAUUAUGAGAAUUGCAUUUGAGAAGAUCAACCUCUGGGGCAGAAAACAUCUUUCACUUGCUGGCAGGGCUCUCUUGAAAGAUGCUAGCAGCCGUAGGAUGCAUUAUGUUGGGUGGAAGGAAUUGUGCCAACCGAUGGAGUUUGGGGGGCUUGGCUUUCAUUGUCUUACUCGGUGGAAGGGGGCCUUGCGUGCACGGGUGGUGUGGGAUCUCAUUUAG